GAAUUAUUAGUCCAGAUAACGUCGAAACUAAAUAAACAAAAGUUUAUUUUUUGAUGGAAAGAUUUCAGAGAGAACUGUUCAUUGCAUAACCGUGAUCUCUUUCGCUGACCUCUGGCGAGCUGUGCGUUGAUAAGUACGCAUUAAAAAGUCGCCUCAAUUUAGACAUCUUUACACUUCGCCAUGAGUCCCAAUCAAGUGUGCGUCGCGGUGCUGGUUCUGCAGACCUGCAUUGGCGUGUGGGCACGGCCGUCAGCUGGAGACGGUUUGACGGAGCAGUCGGAGAAUUUGUUGGACAGGAACACAAUCUUCAACUCGUGUGCACAUCCUCCAGACGUCCUCUCCACGCCUGCAGAGAUCAGUGGCGAUUGGUGCGGGCUGCAAAAUUCACUCGAGACAACUCCACCGGACAACUGCAACCGAGUCACUUUCAGUGCUGUCGGCGAUAAUCUUCGAGUCAUCCUCAACACUAUAGAGAAUGGGCGGAUCGUCAUGACGAAGAAUUUUACUUUCUCUAGGAUCGCGAACGAAAGCUGGUUGAGCAGAUCUGACGGGAGGACCACCAACUUGUUCGUCGGGCUCUCCACAGACGGGAAGUACAUGCGCAUGUGUGGAACUAGCAUCGUGGGCGAAGGGACGCCCACCGAAGUGAGCAACAUCGCGCUGGCCCGCUGUCAAAAGAAAGGCGACGAGGCGAGGGUGGCGGCGGGGGAACUGCCCCGAGUAGAGCGCUGUGAGGUACCCUAGGGCGUUUAGCCCACUGACCAGAGGCGGACCCACGAGUUGCGACAAAAACAAGAACUAAAACCUUCAAAACAUAAAUAAGGGUUAUGGGCUUGCGCCAUUUUUACCUGUGAAUGUGCAUUACCCUCGAUACUUUUUUUCCAAGACAGUGGUGAAGUGUGAAUUCAAGCAUGCAUUGUAGUAGUUCGGAAAAUAUCAUCAAAACUCAAUUAAUUAUAAAAUUUUGUAUAUGACAAGUCUCAAGAAAAUACAUACUGACAGUUAAAAAUCGCCAUUUGUGUUAUUACAGGUGCAGAAAUUUAUUUGUGUAUUCCAUAUCCCUAUGCCUCAUAAUAAUCCCGUUUCUCAUCUUCGAACCCGAUCUAAAAAUUAAAAAAGGCAUAACCAUGUUUAAAAGUAUGAUCUACCCUACAACUAGUCUCACUGAAUGUAACAUAAUAUUUUCAGAGUUCGUACUCAUGUUUUGUGUGAGAACUUUGCAACUUUGCAAUCAUUCAAAUCUGGCCCUGGUUGAUCACGUUUGGUAAAGUCUUUUUUAUCUUCGUCACGUCACAGUAAAAAGAUUCUUCCAGGAAAACAUACGAACUCGAACAUUAGCUCUGACAUUUUACACGACAGAUGACACGCAGUAUGUUACAUACCGGAGCUUUGUACUCUGUUUUGACAUAAAGAUUUAAACAUAAAACACAAAUUUGGCGAAAAUUCAGAGUCUACACACGGCGCCUCUAAUUCAAGUGUUUCAAGAUGUUGUAUGCUGCCAUACCAUCACAACUUGCCUACAAAUUGCACACGAACUUGUAGCCCAACCAGGGCGACUUGAAUGUAAUUAUUUUUCAUUUGUGUUUAUUACUGCUGCAACAGUGAAAUGUGUUAUUCGAAUCUUAGUGCAUGACCUCCAGUGCAUGAUAAGCAGGCUCUAAAUAUUCGCCACUGCAACUAGCAUUAUGACGAGCAAAGGUCACUCGCUAUCAACAACCCAAAACGUCUGCUUAUCUGGCCCACUAGCGGCUAGACGCGUUCAAUAUGAAUAUCUUAUACGUUGAAAAGCGGGAAGACCCUGACUAACUGCGCUUUUAGCUUUGCCUCACUCCGCCCACACUCCGCUCUCCUCGGCCCGGAGGAUGACGUGCACUAUCCAUUAAUGCUUGUUCAAAAAGAAUCUUCAAUUUCUGUGUGAAUAUUUGGACUAGAUACAUUUGAAAUCAAGGUUGCAGUGUCGGCUGUAAUUUUGAGUGAUUGCCAUAAAUCAGUAGUGUGGAAUUUUGGGGAAUAAUGUUGUAAUUAUAUACAACUUUGUAAUAAUUAAUAAAAAAUAUUUUUAAUUUGAGUUUUGUUUAUUUGAUUAUCUAUAGUGUGAUACUUUAUCUGCAUUGUAAAACUACCUGAUAUAAAAUAUCGAAGAUAUUACAUAAGGAAUGUAAAAAAAAUUAAAGUUAAUAUCCC